CAGUAUGGAGCAGUGCAGGCGUCUGACUCUGCAGUUACUGCCGGGGCCUAUAUUCUUUCUGCCCAGUUCUGCAAAUUUCUAGAAUGAUUUGAGAGAAGAAAGCUACCGAGUUUUUUUCAGAGACAGAGUGUGAAUCAUGGGCAACAUCAUCUCAUCCAGCCUCUUUGGUAAGGAGAUAAAAGAUGAGAGAGACGACUUCAGCCAGGAAGAUGAAGGAUAUGAUGACGUCAGAUACGACGGACCUCUGGACCUCGACCAGAUUGUCCUUCUGCACUCUCUGCAUAGAUGUCGCCCAUCAGAGGAGAAAAGAAAAUUCAAACAACAAACAGGCCUGUCUGAUGACGCAACAGUGUCCAGACAAGUAAAGGCGUCCCAAGAUAAUCAGGAUGAAGCAGAUGCGACAAAAACAUAUACCACCUCUGUCUUGGAAAGGACAGAAAUGCCUUCUGUCUCGACUGAUGAGGAAGCAAUCCUCACUGGCAAGACAAAACCGAAUCAAAAGUUGGAAGCUUUCCACGCCCCAUCCACAAAGACUUUUGGGCCAGGAAAAAGGAGUCUUACAUCGGAACAGGUUGAAGUUAACAGCUGUACCAGAGAUCCAAGGCACGGGUUUGCUGAAACCCAGUCAAAGGCAGCAUUCAGCAACUUGAGAGAGGAGCAGACCACAAAACCCUUGUCGUGGGAGAUCGACGUUACUGAUCUAGCUGCACCUAAAGAUUUGAAGAGAAAGAAAUCUGCCAAAGGAGUUGCUAAGAAAGUGCAGAAGAAGGAUGUCUCCUCGACCACAAGUCCCGAAGAAGACAAGUACAUCCCUCCGAUGGUAACCGUGACAACCACCAUGCUGGCAGAGAGAAAGGUCCUGGACCAAAGAAGAUGGUUCUGCAUCUCCCGACCUCAGUACAGUAAAUCCUGUGGUCUAUCCUCUCUAGUCUCCUGUUGGAACUUCCUGUUUUCCACCAUCGGUGCCGGUGACCGCCGACCAAUCACACAGGAGGAGGCCCUGACGGUGUUAGGAUUCAAACCGCCCUUCGGCGAAAUAAGAUUUGGGCCUUUUACCGGAAAUGGAACGUUGAUGAGAUGGUUUCGGAAGCUGAACAACCAUUACGGAACCCGGGGCAAGUCCUAUCACAUGUACAAGCCGGUCGGCAAAGCUCGCACUGUCGGGCGGACGUCGGAGGAAGCCCUGCGACUGCUCAAGGCUGGGCUGCACGACGCUGAGACCACAUUCAUCUAUCACUGCUGGAACCACUACUUCUGUCCUGUAGGGUUUGAGGAGGUGCCCAAGAAAGCUGUGGAUGCCUUCAGAGGACCACUCUCUGAAGAUGAAGUCGAUACCUGGAUCUUAGUUGCUGACCCGAGUCGUAAGCAGCCCGGUAUUCACUGCUUCAGGUGGGAAGAUAUCUCAACCGAUCUCAACUGCAAGAGCCCUGAGUGUCUGAACAUCCGCAAGCUGCACCUCGGCGUCCAGACCAGAAAAACCAAAAGGGUGGGCGGGAACCUCCACUGCCUCAUGGCGUUCAAGAGGAGCAACUCUCAAAGUGCCUCAGUGUCUUUGGGGCACCUUGGUGGGAGACUUGGUCAGGGGAAUGGAGAGGAGACGGGGAGGGUUCGAGGUUGGGUGUCACGAAUCCGAGGUUUGGAUGAGGGGUUGGAGGGGAGAGGUUGUGAUGAGGCUCAUGAGGUUUCAGUGAUGUCUGGGUUUGGAGAGAUGAAUGAUGCGACACAUAGAGAGGUGUAUGAUGAGGUUGGCAUGAGGUUCAAGAUGAACGGUGAUGAGGCAAAUGGGGAAAUGCGGACAGGAGGUUUGGAGGCAGGGGACGAGGAAUCAAGGAUGGAUGUUGGUAGUGAGGUUGGCGAGGUUUUGCACGAGGCAAUCUGCCCUGAUGCAAGUGAUGAAGUGCAGAACAGACAUUGGGUAGUGAGGAUCAGUCGGGGUGCGGAUGAGGUGAAUGGGAGGUUUCAUUUCGAGGAGAGGACAGACGAUGAGGAUGAUGUGGAGGAUGAUCACACUGAUUCCAGCGAGGAGUAGGACCUCAACAAAAAAGCAAGGAGGGUUUGGCUUCUAAUCCAAACACAAUCUUUCUCAGUUUUUGAAAAAGAUUCUUGAAGGAUUGAAUCGCCUUUCCUUCCCUAACUAUCUGUCGCAUCAUUCCAGUUGAUGAAAUAUUUCUAUCAGCACUGCGUUCUGAUUGAGCAUUAGGAAUAUUAUUAGUUAAGCUUGCAGUGAUGGCGUACAAUAUACGUGUAUUAUGUAAAGCCGUCCAGUGAGGCUUCAAGUGUUGUAUUGACAUGUAUGGUUGGAAUAGUCUUGGUACUGCCAGACGUUUUUGGCCGGGGUAGUUCACAAUAGACGGUACAGCCUUCGUACAGCGCAUCAGCGUGCAUGUUCCCGUUCCGGACCGGACUAGGUCGACGAAACUGUACCCAGAUUGCCAAGUCAGUGAUGCAUUUUUGGUCAAAAUACUUGAAACUUUGCGCGUUAGGCCCAAAAAAAAUCGGUCUCCGGUCAGACCGAAGUUCCGGAAUUGAUGCGGUGACGCGUUUUUUGUUU